GCGACACCAAAUGUUCGCGUAUUUCCGGCCAGCUCAGCGUACGGAGGAGUGUUGUGAAGCUGCAAUUCACACACAGACAUUUGGACAGCUGUUAACCGCUUCACAAACACCUACUGUGGGGAAAUCUGACAUUACAGCGAAAUGGUGCUGCUGACAAUAAUCUCUCGGCUGGCGGACGGACUGCCGCUGGCGGCUUCAAUGCAGGAGGACGAGCAGGGAAGUGAAAAGAUGGGUCGAGAUCUCCAGCAAUAUCAGAGCCAAGCCAAACAGCUCUUCCGCAAAUUAAAUGAACAGAGUCCAAACCGAUGCACCUUAGAGGCUGGAUCAAUGGCCUUUCACUAUGUCAUUGAGAAAGGUGUUUGCUAUCUGGUGCUCUGUGAGGCCGGGUUUCCUAAAAAGCUAGCCUUUGCUUAUCUCGAAGAUCUGCAGGCAGAGUUUCAUGAACAGCAUGGCAAGAAGGUGCCCACUGUCUCCAGGCCCUACUCCUUCAUAGAGUUUGACACAUAUAUUCAGAAGACCAAAAAGUCAUACAUCGACAGCAGAGCACGUAGGAACAUGAGCAACAUCAACACAGAGUUACAAGAUGUACAAAGAAUCAUGGUGGCCAACAUAGAAGAAGUUCUGCAAAGGGGGGAGGCCUUAUCUGCGUUGGACUCGAAGGCCAGUAACUUGUCCAGCCUGUCCAAGAAAUACAGAAGUGACGCUAAGUACCUGAACACUCGCUCAACAUAUGCUAAGCUAGCUGCGGGUGGAGUCUUCUUCAUCAUGCUGAUUGUGUACGUACGCUUCUGGUGGCUGUGAGGUGUGGGAUGUAUGGAGGGAAGAGGAGCUCUUGAGGUUACAGGGGAAAAGCAGACGGACUCUCAAAUGAUGAAAAGGUCAACAUUUGUGUUUUAAAGCCACAGCUUGUUCUUAAAGACUGUUGGAUCCAGCAAAUUCCCUCCUGAUAAGCUGUCGAGUCCCUAACCUGAUCAUCACCGGUAUCUGUUUUAUGAACUACACAGAAGCUUGUCUGCACUUGUUUGAAGUGUAAAUGAAAGAGAGAAGGAAAGUGGGUUUCCCUGUAUACUGUAUGUCUUUGUGAAAUCCCUCAGUUCAUGGAAAUUAAUCUUAUAUGCUGUAAAACAGUAAACCAUAAGAGCAGCAGUGCAUCCCAAUAAAGGUGAAUUGAUCAUUCAUUAACAUUGAAGGUUGGAUCAGUUCCACUGACCAUCUAUUAAUGCUCCUCAUGCUAUUGACAUUAGGUAAGGUCUCCUUCCAGCCAGGGGUGUAAACAUAACAUUUGUGGGGCACUGUAUUAGUUAAGAUGUGGUCCCCCCAAUUAUCUGCACAAAAAUAAUAAUUGUAUUGACCAACCAGUCAGGCUUCUAUAUAAACCAGGUAUUCAAUAAUUAAACUCAUAUCUCUAAAAGCCAAAUGAAAAGGAUUGGUUUAUUAAGCCUUUUUUAGAAUUUGGUGCAAAAGUUGCCCAACAAACAGCACUUGCACUGCAGUGAGGAGAUAUGCUGUCAUGUCCAGUUACUCAAUCCAGACCAGAUCACUGAAACUAGAGAGUGGUGGCCAACCAGAGAUUUGGGUCAACUGCAAUCCGGUGCAGUCUAGAACUAUAUAUAUUUGUAUCUGUGGUCCUGCCUCUUGUAUGGUUGCAGAUGUGAUAUCUGGCCUGGGCUCCAACAGCUUUCUCUUUCAGUCCUUAUGUUAAUCCGUGUUUUACAUGCAUUGAAGCAUUAAACCCACAGUAACCAACAAUACGCAACAACUGGAUGAGGCUAAAAUGCUCAUCAGAAGAGAGUUUGUUCAUCUCACCAAACCUACAGCAUAAAUAAAAUUAUUCCAACUCGA